AUGGGCCAUGGUACCCGUGCCGCAGAGAUCAGAGGUCGAAAUACCCCUGAAGAAGAGAAAAUGGGAAUGAUCUCCGUGGCGCGUCACGGAUUUUUGAAGCCGAUAAUGGCGGGACUGAGGAAGUCGUUUUCGGCAACUGGCAAAUCGCGGAGGAAGAGUGAUGGCAAUUCCGGUCACUAUAUUCUUUCCAAGCCUGUGGGAGAAAACUCUUCUGCUCAUGCUUCCGAUAUGGAUUUCGAUGCUAAAAUGAUCUACCGUGUCGAUCAGUGUGGUAAUGCAUCGCCAUCCAAUAGCAUUAUAGCUUCAGCGCCAUGGGCCUGGAAAUUCCGGUUCGCACCGAAAUAUACCAUGGGUGGAAGUCCCCGCAAGAGUAACUGA